AUGGUCGCAAAAGCGGGGGACGAGGUGACCGGGGGAAGCACGGACAAGGCCGAUGGCAGCUCCGACGAGUCCUCGCCGAGAACAGCUCUCGACAUCACCGUAUCCGGCAGCACGGAUUCCGACAGUAGCAGCAGCGGCGGCGGCGGCGCUGAGGAGCCCCAUACCCAUCAGUGGCGGGCUUUCAUCAGGGGUCUGUUGCAGAGGAAGAAGUCCAUAAGGCGGCUGUCGACAUUCCCCCCGGCGGCGAGCCCGGAGAUAACCAGAUGGAGACCGCUCAGGAAUCUGGAGAGGACUCGGACAGCUAAGGAGAGCGGCAGAGGGGAGCUGCCAUUGGCGCCGCCGCCGCCACCGCCACCGCCGCCCCUAAUUCUCUGGAGGCCCAUGUGGCGGAGCUUCGAGCUGAAGGAGCUCGCGGCCGCCACCGAUGACUUCAGCCCAGGUAAGCCGUAGUCAGUAAGCCUCUGUAGCUCUCAGGUUUCACUGCUCUCCCACCAUCCUCUUCACGAGAUGACGACCGUCCAAUCUGGAUUCUUAUGGCCUGGGUUCCUGCUGAUGAACAUUAUCAACGGCCCACAGUACACCAUGCCUUCGUUCUGAUGCCCCACUGCCUGCCUAAGUUUUCUCUGCUCGAAACGUCUCUCUCUCUCUCUCUCUCUCUCUCUCUCUCUCUCUCUCUCUCUCUUGCUAUAUAUAUAUAUAGAUAUCCUUGUGAUUUUUCUGUCUACCUGAAAGGAAUUUUAUCAUAAUAUUUCUCUUUAGUCGAGUCAAAUGUGAUAUUUUCUACCCAAUUAUACAAGGCGAGAAGGGGGGCUAGUUCAUCCGUCUUCUUCGAGGAAGAAAGACAUGGAUGUAAAGACGUUCCCGUACGUCUCUCUCCCUCUACUCGUACAGAGUCUGCUCCUGGAACCACUAUUGAUUCACAAACAGCGUGGGGACCUUCCCUUGUGGGAUGGGGGAUCCUGCUCUCCGGCUUCUCGUCCGCCUGCGAGACGCCGACGUGGAACACCUCGAGACCCAAGACAAAUCCCCCCCCCCCUCUCUCUCUCUUUCUCUCUCUUCCACUGUUGAUGGCUGCACCUCGCUGGUAUUCCUUUUCUGUCCUGAGAUUUCUCCAUCCCUCGCUCUCUCGCCAGCGCCUCUCUCUGCGGCCGCGCCGGAUGUGUGCACCAUCUUCUUCUUCCUCCCACUUGCCCCGCAUCUACCGUCUGAUUUGACCCCGUUUAAUCAUUCCCAUGGCAGAGAACUUGAUCGGAAGAGGCGGGCAUGCAGAGGUUUACCGGGGGCGGCUGCCCAGUGGGCAGCUGGUUGCGGUGAAGCGGCUGAUGAAGAAGGAGAUGGAAGAGGAGAGAGUGGGAGACUUUUUGUCGGAGCUGGGGAUUAUCGCCCACGUCAACCAUCCGAACGCCGCCCACCUCCUCGGUUUCGGGGUCGAAGGCGGCCUCCACCUCGUUCUCCAGUACUCCCCACACGGGAGCUUGGCCUCUGUCCUCCAUGGUAACCUGCGAGAGCCUCUUCUUCCGCGUUCUCUCUCUAUCUCUCUGCAGUCAUGAUAGAGUGAGAAAGAAGCUAUUGUCUGAUGUGGGCUCGUGGGGAUCGGCCGUCCAAACAUAGAGAAAUGACGGGAGACUCUCGUUUCAGGUUCGAAGGAUCCGAUCGAGUGGGGCAUCCGAUUUAAGAUUGCGCUGGGCGUGGCGGAGGGGCUGCGCUACCUUCAUGAGGGCUGCCACCGGCGCAUAAUCCACAGGGACAUUAAGGCUUCUAACAUUCUGCUCACCGACGAUUAUCAACCUCAGGUUGUCCCUCUCGACUUAAAAUGCUUAUUUAGUUGAUUUGCCUCCCGUACCGUACAUAGUGCUUCGUUCCCAAGAGCAGAGAGAGAGAGAGGGUUGCGGACGAUGGUGCAACACCUAUUUAGUUAUAGACUUCAUCGUUUUCUCUGGCUGACCACUCUGCACCUGCGACCACAGAUUUCUGAUUUUGGCCUUGCGAAGUGGUUGCCGGACCAGUGGCCGCACCACGUGAUGUUCCCGAUCGAGGGCACAUUCGGGUUGGUUCACCCCUCUUCCAUCAGAUCCUUCUUCUUCUUCUUCGGUCUCUCUUCUCAUGUGCUCUCUCCCUCCCUCUCACCCUCUCUCUCUCUCUCUCUCUCUCUCUCUCUCUCUCCCCCGGGCAGGUACUUGGCGCCGGAGUACUUCAUGCAUGGGGUGGUAAACGAGAAGACGGACGUCUUCGCCUUUGGGGUUCUGCUCUUGGAACUCAUUACCGGUCGCCGGGCAGUAGACUCGUCCCGCCACAGCCUCGUGAUAUGGGUACGUCCGGCGUAGCCGGCCUGCGCUGGCGGAGUAUGCCCUCCCAGAGGAUGAUGAAACAUGCCCUUCUCCCUGUGUGCGACAGGCGAAGCCCCUGUUGGACGCCAAGAACCUCGAGGAGCUAGUCGACCCCAGCCUCGGGGGCUCGUAUGAGCCUCGAGAGAUGAACAGCGCGGUUGCGGUGGCGUCGGCGAGCAUCCACCACAUGCCCACCUUGCGGCCUCACAUGAACCAGGUGGGAAGACCCAGAUGAGAUGAGUCCGUUGAACCCCACCCCCCCCCCGGCCUCGCUUCCUAGUCUGGAUGCAUUACUUGGGCGGAUUGCCCAUGGGCAGGCUGAGCUCACAGCCAGAUCGGUCGUUCAAUAUCUCUCGGUGGCCGUGUUCAGACUUUUCUCCGAGUUGAGGCUGGUUCCGACAGGAUGGCCGAUGACCUCUGUUUACUUUGGAGAAGGAUCUCUGGGAUCCGAUGGAGGAUACCACUAUGAAUUAAUGUUCUGUGUCUGCUCAGGCUCUGCAGGUUCUGAGAGGCGAGGAUGAAUCGAUAGUGGUCGGCGGGGACGGGCCAACCAAGCCAGUCCUCUUCGAUGCCUGCGAUCUGGAAGACUACUCGAGCUCGAGGUAUCUCAACGAUCUUAGUCGGCAUAGGAAGCUCGCCUUGGAACAGUGA